AUGGUAAAUUAUGAAGAAGGUCCUCCCGGACCGCCUGGGAAAAGAGGCAAAAAAGGCAAAAAAGGUGAUCCUGGCGAUCCUGGGCCACCGGGUAUAACAGGAGCGCCAGGGAAAAAUGGAUUCCCGGGGAGCAAGGGCGAGAAAGGCGAACGCGGUUUCAUGGGACCAAUUGGGCUAGAUGGACCCAAAGGUGAUCCGGGUCGAUCCGGAGAUAAGGGACAGAAGGGUGAACAUGGGAGUCCAGGGUUUGAUGUCUUCUCGGCUGUCAAGGGUGUGAAAAGAUCAGUGGACAACUUUAAAAUAAGUCCAUACACAACAGCCGAGAUCAUAGCAGUUAAGGGUCUGCAGGCGGCAGGGCACAACAUCUCGGCCCAAACCAUCAUCCAACUCAAGGGUGAGCCUGGCGAACCAGGUCCCCCUGGUCCGGCAGGACCACAGGGUCCCGAGGGACUACCAGGGCACGACGGACGAGUGGGACCAGCGGGAACGGGGGGACCACCCGGAGUCCCGGGUCCACCUGGACCAAUUGGACCCGCAGGACCAAUCGGCCCUUCAGGUCCAUCGGGUCAUAAGGGUGACAAAGGCGAUAAGGGCGAACGCGGUUUCACGACUACACUAAAGGGGGAUGCAUUCCCCACGGGGAUCAUCGAGGGACCUCCAGGCCCGCCCGGACCGCCCGGCAAGUCGGGAGAAGCAGGGCCACGUGGACCACCAGGUCUAGAUGGUGCUCCAGGAACUCCUGGUGUACAGGGACCACCUGGGAAGCCGGGUGAAGUUGGUCCAAAGGGAUCGAAGGGUGAAUACGGUGAUAUGGGAUCGCCUGGUAUGCUGGGUGCACCAGGUUUGCCCGGGCCGCCAGGAUACCCCGGCCUCAAAGGAGACAAAGGCGAUAAGGGCGACUCGAAGUACAGGAAGCUGAGGAGAAGACAGGGAGACGGCACUGGAUACGAGCUGUAUGGUCAUGAGAUGAUGAUGGGCCCACCGGGGGCGCCGGGACCCGCAGGUCCCCCGGGCGUGGCGGGCCCCCCCGGCAUCAAGGGCGACAAGGGCGAGCCCGGCCUUCGAGGCAAGGCUGGUGAACGAGGCGAAAAAGGAGACGCGGGUCCAAUGGGAUUACCGGGUCCAGUUGGAAUGCCCGGCGAGGCGGGGCGGCCGGGGGAAAGCGGCCCCAGAGGCCCGCCGGGACUCGACGGAAUGAAGGGGGCGCAAGGCGAGCCGGGCUCCAAGGGCGAACGAGGGGACCCUGGACUGCCCGGAACUGAUGGGAUUCCUGGACAAGAGGGUCCAAAGGGUGACAAGGGAUAUAAAGGAGAACCAGGUCCAGUGGGCAAACGUGGGCGCAAGGGCGACAAAGGCGACAAGGGAGAACAGGGAGUGCCGGGCUUGGACGCGCCAUGCCCGUUGGGCCCCGACGGACUGCCGCUACCAGGCUGCGGAUGGCGCCCUACAAAAGAGGCGUUUCUCCAGUGGGUGCGACGACGGUUAGACGUCGACAAUGAUCUACCAGCGCUAUGA